AUGACGAAGCAGAGCUGGAAAAUAUUUUGGGAUUUGCAGUGCCCCUUUGCGAAAAAAAACUGGGAGCGAUUUCCUGAAAUCAAAAAGCGUUUCGCGGACCAAUUCGAUUUUUCGGUCUAUUUGACGAGCUUGGCUUUUCACCCGCAGGCAUUCCCGGGCCAAUGUGCGGCAAAACUCAUCGAAAAUUUCAAAGGAACUGACGCCAGAUUCAAAUUUAUUGACGCAUGCUACGCUAAUCAAGAACGAUACACCAACAAGGCUCUUGGCGAUGCCCGCAUGUCCGAAAUCGAUUCAGUCUUCUGUGACAUUGCGAAGGAAGCUGGAAUUCUCGAUGAAAAGUUCAACGAAGAUUUCUUUCUUGCCAACGUCCAUGACUGGACGGAAGUAGUGAAACCGGCUUACGAAGAGCAUAAAAUCGCCAUGGGUUACGGGGUAUUUGGAACGCCAAAGCACGUCAUUGAAGAUAAGCUUGUGCUUGGAACUGAAAGUUCCUGGGGACCCGACGAAUGGGCCAGUAUAAUCGAUCGUCUCAAGUCUCAGUAGUAAAGAAUCUGAUAGACAGUUGCAACGAAUG